AUGUUCACUACAGAAUUCAAGGAGAAGAAUAACGAUGAAAUCCCUCUUCCAGGGAAGAAAGGAAGCGAAAUCAAACACUUACUACUCAUGCUGUAUCCUUCUUUAGAGGAGAAACAAGUGACAGAGAGUAAUUGUUACUUUUUGUGUGAACUUGCUCAUGAAUAUCAAAUAAAGCCCAUCGCUCGGAAGUGUGAGGCGGUAAUGGUUACUAUGGUCAAGCAUAGAGUUGAGAAUGAUGUUCUGGCAAUGCUUAUCUAUGGACAAAAGUACCAGCUAAAAACUCUGAUUUUGACGUGUGUAUAUGAAGCAAGACGCUUGAAAUUGAUGGAAUUAACACAGCACGAGAGGCGUGACGAGAUUGAGCCAGACAACUAUCUGCAGAUUGCUGAGGGAAUUAUCCAGCGACUCGAGACAAAGUGUAAGGAGGUGAGAGAAGGGAGUCUGAAAAGUCUGGAGCGUGUAAGUGAAAGCCUGUACGUGCAUGCUAAAGGUAAAAAUAUGGCGCAAGAGUCGGACACGGGCUAUAGAGUGCCAGAAACCACUGUUGAGCGUUUAGGUUAUCUCCUGAGUGACGAUGUUAAAAGCAGCGGUUACGUUCAAUGUAUGAACCUUAAAAGCGUUGCCGAAGAGUUGAUAGCUCACAAGGAAACGAUUGAGACCCUACCUUGAUUCAAGCUGGAGAAUACACGUUAAGUCAUCGGUUUAAAAGUGUUUAAUGUAGUAAAAUUAAGUUGCACUCAAUAACUGGCUGAAAUGGACAUCACCACACAGGGCACUCUCACGAGAAAUCUUCGGAAACCCUUCGGUACCUCUUUAUUACGCUCGGGAAGCGAUUAGAUCUUCCGAGGAUUUCCGGAACAUUCGACUGUUUCAGGCCCCCUAAAUUUCUUGGACCCAGACCUCGCUCCUGCUGACUGAAACAUUCAAAAAAUAUAAUAUAUUUUUUGUUUUUACUAUUACGUUUACUUGUUCAUCGCUUUGCCUUCAGGAUCAGUAGUUUUGAAAAGAAAAAAAAAAACAAAAUAUAAUAUAUAUUUUAUAUAUUUUUAUAUCUUUUUUGUUUUUACUAUUACGUUUACUUGUUCAUCGCUUUGCCUUCAGGAUCAGUAGUUUUGAAAAGAAAAAAAAAAACAAACCCACGCGAUAAAGAAAAUCAAUCAAUCAAAGAGGGUCUCAAUGGGGUGGUGGCUUUUACGGUUCUCGGCUAAAAUUUUGGCUCUUUUACGGCUAUCGGUUAAUUUUAUUCAGUUACGGUUAACGAAAAAGUUAAAAAUUAACUUCUUUUGUUUCAAAAAGUUAAAUAUUAAUUAACCUGUAUUUUUUUAAAUAAAGGUCUUCGGAUCAUCUGGGGAUGAAAUAAGCUAUUCUUUUGAAAAAUUUUAACAUCUAAUAGAUCAUACUUUUUAUAAAGUAUUCCACUUCUAAUAUUAUUUUACACAUAGAAAUGUCAAUAGUCAAUUUAAAAAUGAUCUUUGUGAAAAAGAAAAAGCAGACACGCGAACGCCCUAGCUCUAGUGUGAAAACGGCCAAUAACAAAAUUCCCGUGUCCAGUGUUUUUAAUGAUAGCGAAGGACUGUACAGAACGACUGUCUGUCGUUGCCUUGUCCAUAGGCCUCAUUAUUCCGCGCGGCUAAUGGGUUUCGGGUCACGUGGUCCGAGCGAGUUCGCCACCGAAAUGCCUUGACCGAGAUUGCGUGGGAAGACGCCGUACAGGGACUAGGCAUGGCAAUGUCUACCGUCAGGAUUUAUCGGCAACGUGUUUUACAAACAGUGACAUCUCUGCGUGGUGUUUCACUAGUGUUUCGAGGGUCAGACCUCCGGAGAAUUGCAAAUAUUAAUCCCCUGCAAGAAGCCACACUUUCGAUAUGGAAAAAAAUAGAUCCCCGAGAGAGCGCCGGAAAUGGAGCCUAUUGGUUAACGCCUAAAAAGCGCUUCGCCUAACGUGCGUACGGAGUCACACUAGCCGGAAAAUAAAAAACGUAACCAUAAGUGAGUUUAGUACCUUUCUUAAAAGUAGUAAAUCUAGGGAACAUUUUCUUUUACGGUUAACUCCUUUUUACCCCAUUUACGGCUAACCGUUAAACCGGCUAUCGGCUAAAUUUUUGGCCGUUUUACGCCUAUCGGUUAACCCCAUUAAGACCCUCAUCAAAGCCUUUGUUUUAAAACGAUAGUUUUCAAAGUUACAAAGCUUGGGGUCGUUUCUUCAUUGUAGGUACUAACAUGCUAAUGUCUUGUGGAAAUUUACAGUUUGUCCAAAAAAAAAAGUAUUUAAGAUAAGGAACAAGAUAUGUAAGAUAAGACAUUUACAUUUAUACUAAAACCUAUGCUAAAUACAAGUGGGCAAACUUAGCUAAACUUCAUGUAAAUUAUAAUAUUCAGAGGGUUCAAAAUACAGACAAGUGUAUAGAUUUUUAUGUAUAAAUAAAAUCUUCAGAUCUAAAAGUGCAUGUGGAUGCAGAUGUCACUUUAAAAGGAAAAUUGUUAAAUUCAUCUAGCAAUCUUAGUUUCCGUUUGAGACUCCCAUAACAGAAGGACCUGACUAAUUCAGGAUGUUUGUUUGUCAAGUAGUUCAAAGCAGGGCACCUCUGUGCGUGAGGGGUCGUAGCGGGUGUUGAAGCGCAGGAUGGAUAAUAAAUCUUUAUUACGGUGUAAUCAGACGUGAGAGCCCCUUGCGUUAGUACUAGUACUAACCACAUCAAGUGUUGUUCAAACAGAAUUCAGUGCUCGUCCCAUCAUUUAUGAAUGAAAACAAUUGCAGGUAUAUAAGCAGUAAACUAUGAAAUGGAAGACGGUUAAACACGAGAGGAAGACAACAAACAUCAAGGAAAAAUUAAUGUUAGCAUAGAAAAUAGAUGUGUGACGUCACAAAAAUCAAAUUUGUGAAAUUAUGGGAUUGGGUGGGAUAUUAAGAAAGAACAAGAUGAAUAAAGCCUUCAAAUGCAGAUUGGUGGGGGAUAUAAGCACUGUUAUACCCUGAUGACUCCAUUCUAAUCAUUCUGCAAAUCCCUGAAAUUUUCUUAACUCUAUAUUUUAGAUCUAAACUGCUGUUCUUAAGAGGUCAAGGACCAGGGGUAUUUCUAGACUAUGGUUCCAAAAACCACAAAAUCAUACCCCAUGUGAAUCGGUCACCCUUUCGCGCCGUACAUACGGCAUGAGAACAAAAUCAGAUUACCAGCCCCCCUCCCCUGGUCAUCUGACACUGACUCGUCCUCAGUCGCCUCUCACAACUUCUGCCUAGUGCGGGGUGUGAUGGGAAGGGAAAAAGUAUGGAAAAGAGACGACUGGGAAAUCCUGUGUCAAAAAGUUGUUCUUUGAGUCGAAAAAUUUUGCGAGAUCUCAUUUCUUUGAUUUAACGCCGUAUACACCGGGUAGUUUUAUUACAUUUAGAAAUUUAGCUCGAAAUCUGGACGUGUAUAUUUUGUCGGUCAAAAAUGUGAUGGUCUGAUUUUUUCUAGUCGAGAUAAAAUCCAAUCAUAAAUCCUUCCCAUCAUACCCUGCUCCCGCCGUGCGCGUUACACAAAGACGACUGGGACGAGUCAGCAUCUAUUGAAGUCCGGGAGCGAACAAAAGUACUCUAGGAUCUGGGGUGGGGAGAGUGAACAAUUUCCUCCCCGCAGCCCAUGUAUCCAUCGUUAUAACGUGACCUGUUGACAAUUUCCGGGGUACAGUGAUGGUCCGUAGCGAGUAGGAUUUUUAACGCGCCUUAAUUAUACUUUUUGAGGAAGGGAUUCGGGAACGAAAAAUAAAAUAACCUGCGAUCAGGCGUUCUUUUUUCGGGAUAGAGUCGGCGGACAGGGAAAGGGAAAACCUUUUCCCCUGGCCUCCAAAACGAAAAGGGCGGGAGUCCCGGAAACCUGACAUCCUCUAAAUACACCCAUUAUUUUUCAGGGAUUCAUUGUUGGAACUGAAACUUUUAACAUUAUAGGAACGCAUGUAAACGUCUAGGUAUCUGUAAUUUAUUGAAAGAUAAUGACUAACGGCGAGUUAAUGUGCGGAUGAAACACUGUUAAAAAGUUGUGCCCACUUAUAUUUCCGAAGGGCCAAUGCGACCUAACAUAAUCGCUUGAUGAGGAGCAGUUGCGCAACGAUCCCCAUAUUAAUACUAUAGAGUGUACCACACCGUUUUCGCCCGCAGUCCGUAACCUUAGUAUUACUAGUAUUAUUUUGAAAGGUGGCUAAACAGGUGCCUAUCAUAUCACGGACCAUAAUUUCCUUGUACCCAGUCCUUUUCUAACUUCCUUUUGAACGAAGUGUGAGAUACUCUUGAAGGCGCAUAAAUUCACGCAAGGGAAAACAAAUUACACAUUUGUUAAGUUUCUAAGUCAAGUGCAGCAUGGCACAAGCGGACGCUCCACCUUACCCAACUGAUUUCCUAGAACCUUGGAAGUUAAGCGAUGUGGUGCUUGUAGUUGAAGAUCAGAAAUUCCAUGUUCAUCGAAGCAUUCUGGUAUACUGGUCGCCCGUGUUUGAAAAGAUGUUCACUUCAACUUCUUUUGUUUCAAAAAGUUAAAUAUUAAUUAACCUGUAUUUUUUUAAAUAAAGGUCUUCGGAUCAUCUGGGGAUGAAAUAAGCUAUUCUUUUGAAAAAUUUUAACAUCUAAUAGAUCAUACUUUUUAUAAAGUAUUCCACUUCUAAUAUUAUUUUACACAUAGAAAUGUCAAUAGUCAAUUUAAAAAUGAUCUUUGUGAAAAAGCAAAAGCAGACACGCGAACGCCCUAGCUCUAGUGUGAAAACGGCCAAUAACAAAAUUCCCGUGUCCAGUGUUUUUAAUGAUAGCGAAGGACUGUACAGAACGACUGUCUGUCGUUGCCUUGUCCAUAGGCCUCAUUAUUCCGCGUGGCUAAUGGGUUUCGGGUCACGUGGUCCGAGCGAGUUCGCCACCGAAAUGCCUUGACCGAGAUUGCGUAGGAAGACGCCGUACAGGGACUAGGCAUGGCAAUGUCUACCGUCAGGAUUUAUCGGCAACGUGUUUUACAAACAGUGACAUCUCUGCGUGGUGUUUCACUAGUGUUUCGAGGGUUAGACCUCCGGAGAAUUGCAAAUAUUAAUCCCCUGCAAGAAGCCACACUUUCGAUAUGGAAAAAAUUAGAUCCCCGAGAGAGCGCCGGAAAUGGAGCCUAUUGGUUAACACCUAAAAAGCGCUUCGCCUAACGUGCGUACGGAGUCACACUAGCCGGAAAAUAAAAAACGUAACCAUAAGUGAGUUUAGUACCUUUCUUAAAAGUAGUAAAUCUAGGGAACAUUUUCUUUUACGGUUAACUCCUUUUUACCCCAUUUACGGCUAACCGUUAAACCGGCUAUCGGCUAAAUUUUUGGCCGUUUUACGCCUAUCGGUUAACCCCAUUAAGACCCUCAUCAAAGCCUUUGUUUUAAAACGAUAGUUUUCAAAGUUACAAAGCUUGGGGUCGUUUCUUCAUUGUAGGUACUAACAUGCUAAUGUCUUGUGGAAAUUUACAGUUUGUCCAAAAAAAAAAGUAUUUAAGAUAAGGAACAAGAUAUGUAAGAUAAGACAUUUACAUUUAUACUAAAACCUAUGCUAAAUACAAGUGGGCAAACUUAGCUAAACUUCAUGUAAAUUAUAAUAUUCAGAGGGUUCAAAAUACAGACAAGUGUAUAGAUUUUUAUGUAUAAAUAAAAUCUUCAGAUCUAAAAGUGCAUGUGGAUGCAGAUGUCACUUUAAAAGGAAAAUUGUUAAAUUCAUCUAGCAAUCUUAGUUUCCGUUUGAGACUCCCAUAACAGAAGGACCUGACUAAUUCAGGAUGUUUGUUUGUCAAGUAGUUCAAAGCAGGGCACCUCUGUGCGUGAGGGGUCGUAGCGGGUGUUGAAGCGCAGGAUGGAUAAUAAAUCUUUAUUACGGUGUAAUCAGACGUGAGAGCCCCUUGCGUUAGUACUAGUACUAACCACAUCAAGUGUUGUUCAAACAGAAUUCAGUGCUCGUCCCAUCAUUUAUGAAUGAAAACAAUUGCAGGUAUAUAAGCAGUAAACUAUGAAAUGGAAGACGGUUAAACACGAGAGGAAGACAACAAACAUCAAGGAAAAAUUAAUGUUAGCAUAGAAAAUAGAUGUGUGACGUCACAAAAAUCAAAUUUGUGAAAUUAUGGGAUUGGGUGGGAUAUUAAGAAAGAACAAGAUGAAUAAAGCCUUCAAAUGCAGAUUGGUGGGGGAUAUAAGCACUGUUAUACCCUGAUGACUCCAUUCUAAUCAUUCUGCAAAUCCCUGAAAUUUUCUUAACUCUAUAUUUUAGAUCUAAACUGCUGUUCUUAAGAGGUCAAGGACCAGGGGUAUUUCUAGACUAUGGUUCCAAAAACCACAAAAUCAUACCCCAUGUGAAUCGGUCACCCUUUCGCGCCGUACAUACGGCAUGAGAACAAAAUCAGAUUACCAGCCCCCCUCCCCUGGUCAUCUGACACUGACUCGUCCUCAGUCGCCUCUCACAACUUCUGCCUAGUGCGGGGUGUGAUGGGAAGGGAAAAAGUAUGGAAAAGAGACGACUGGGAAAUCCUGUGUCAAAAAGUUGUUCUUUGAGUCGAAAAAUUUUGCGAGAUCUCAUUUCUUUGAUUUAACGCCGUAUACACCGGGUAGUUUUAUUACAUUUAGAAAUUUAGCUCGAAAUCUGGACGUGUAUAUUUUGUCGGUCAAAAAUGUGAUGGUCUGAUUUUUUCUAGUCGAGAUAAAAUCCAAUCAUAAAUCCUUCCCAUCAUACCCUGCUCCCGCCGUGCGCGUUACACAAAGACGACUGGGACGAGUCAGCAUCUAUUGAAGUCCGGGAGCGAACAAAAGUACUCUAGGAUCUGGGGUGGGGAGAGUGAACAAUUUCCUCCCCGCAGCCCAUGUAUCCAUCGUUAUAACGUGACCUGUUGACAAUUUCCGGGGUACAGUGAUGGUCCGUAGCGAGUAGGAUUUUUAACGCGCCUUAAUUAUACUUUUUGAGGAAGGGAUUCGGGAACGAAAAAUAAAAUAACCUGCGAUCAGGCGUUCUUUUUUCGGGAUAGAGUCGGCGGACAGGGAAAGGGAAAACCUUUUCCCCUGGCCUCCAAAACGAAAAGGGCGGGAGUCCCGGAAACCUGACAUCCUCUAAAUACACCCAUUAUUUUUCAGGGAUUCAUUGUUGGAACUGAAACUUUUAACAUUAUAGGAACGCAUGUAAACGUCUAGGUAUCUGUAAUUUAUUGAAAGAUAAUGACUAACGGCGAGUUAAUGUGCGGAUGAAACACUGUUAAAAAGUUGUGCCCACUUAUAUUUCCGAAGGGCCAAUGCGACCUAACAUAAUCGCUUGAUGAGGAGCAGUUGCGCAACGAUCCCCAUAUUAAUACUAUAGAGUGUACCACACCGUUUUCGCCCGCAGUCCGUAACCUUAGUAUUACUAGUAUUAUUUUGAAAGGUGGCUAAACAGGUGCCUAUCAUAUCACGGACCAUAAUUUCCUUGUACCCAGUCCUUUUCUAACUUCCUUUUGAACGAAGUGUGAGAUACUCUUGAAGGCGCAUAAAUUCACGCAAGGGAAAACAAAUUACACAUUUGUUAAGUUUCUAAGUCAAGUGCAGCAUGGCACAAGCGGACGCUCCACCUUACCCAACUGAUUUCCUAGAACCUUGGAAGUUAAGCGAUGUGGUGCUUGUAGUUGAAGAUCAGAAAUUCCAUGUUCAUCGAAGCAUUCUGGUAUACUGGUCGCCCGUGUUUGAAAAGAUGUUCACUUCAGAAUUCAAGGAGAAGAAUAAAGAUGAAAUUCCUCUUCCAGGGAAGAAAGCAAGCGAAAUCAAGCAGUUGCUCUAUAUGCUGUAUCCUUCUUUGGAAGAGAAACAAGUGACCAAGGCAAAUUGUUACUUCUUGCUUGAACUUGCUCACGAAUAUCGAAUACAGUCCAUUGUUGAGAAGUGCCCAUCGUUUAUGGUUUUUAUGGUCAAAGAAAAGAUGGAAGAUGAUGUUCUUGCGAUGCUCAUCUAUGGGCAAAAGUACCAGCUUAAAACUCUUAUAUCGGCGUGUAUAGAUGGGGCACGACGUUUAUCGUUGGAGCAAUUGAAACAGCAUAAAAAAGAGAUCGAGCCAGAUAACUACCUGCAGAUUGCUGAGGGAAUUAUUCAGCGACUCGAGACACUCGAGACACAAUGUAAGAAGGUGAAAGAGGGGAGUCUGAGAUGUCUGGAUCGUGUAUGUGAAAGCCUUUACAGGCAUGCUCGAGCGAAACUACCUAGACCAGCCACGCAAAACACCACUGACGGGGUUCUUAGACUGUUUAGUAAACGACGUUGAUAAAAACAGCGGUGACGCGGUUAAAGUUGUUAACUGUAAGAGCCUUAAAUGUGUCGCCGAUGAAUUAAUAGCUCAGAAGAAAAUGUUGGAGAGCUUGCCUUCAUUUCAGCCGAAGAAAGCGAAGCGACUAGAUUUGUCGAAUCUCAGAAUCGCAGGUAGAAGCGGAAUCAUUUCUUGAUUCCCCAGAUUCCCGUCGCUUUUACCUCAAUGAUUCAUGAUUCCUACAAGAAUUUUCUUCCAGAUUGAUGAUUCACGAAGACUUUUGAUGACCUAUUCAUUUAAUGAUUUUCUCAGUGGCUACCUUAGUCUCGCUUUGUAUAGUUUUUUGGGGUCCACACGUCUGUUUUCAUCCAGAAUUAUGUAGAUUUCUCUACCACUGUUUCUCUGUAUCAUCUUUCGUUUUGUCCAGACAUGGAUUUUUUUUGUAACUCAACAUUAAGCACCAGUGUAACUGGAGAAACAAGCGGACUCUCAGCCCCGAAUACACGAGGGGCAUACUCCCCUAGGAAAAAAUUUGAAAAUUGGACUCUCGGAAACGCCAUAUCCUGCAUUCCCUGGAUCGAACGCAAUUAAUUCAUAUAAGUCUAUUUUGUCGCGCUUUUCUCAGAGUCUCGUUAUUCAUGGUUCCCAAGCCGAAGUACAAAGAUUCAUGAUUCCCAAUGCAAGUUUUUAAAAACAAAGAUUCAUGAUUCCUACAAGUUUUGUAACUAUGAUUCAUGAUUCAUGAUUCCGCUUUCACCCUUCCACCCCCGUCUCAGAACAUACUAAGAAUUUCAGUAUUACUCUUAAAGUUAUCAUUUUGUUGGUGGUCCACAGAAUCACAAAUGUCCACGUGCUGUUGCAUAGGUGUUCUGGAGCCUCCGACUGAACUGAAUAACCUCCGUCCCUUUAAAAUAAUCUCUCUUUUUUUAAUGAAAAAAUAACAAGCAUACUUUGAGUUUAAUAAAUUAUAACAGGUAACAGGUACAACACGCCGAAAACAAUGUACGACAGAAAAUAUUGUAAGCAAUAUUAGACUUAAAAAUACUAUUUUAAGCUGAUUCUUUAAACGAUACUGUGAUGAAUAAAGGAGAGCAGAAAAAAUUCAACAACAGUUUGUAGACAUGAAAGAAACCAAAGCAGAAGGAGUCUAGAAGGUAAUAACCAAAACUGCAGUUGUGCAUUAUGAUAACCUCGAAAUAAAAAAGCAAUCUUUGGGGGGAAUUUCAGGUCGUCGUAAAGAUUUGAUUCAGAAAAGAUAUUCAAGAUUAUAAAUUUUACUCGCGGACCAAUAUCCUUGGCACCAGAGGUUUUUUCUUGCGUCCGGCUGGAUGCUUCGGUGCUCGAUGCGAAACCGGGGAAACCGCGUAUGGAAAUUUUCUGGCACCCAGGGCAGCGGACCAAGGACAACUUAAAAGAGGCUGAAUAGCUCAAAAACAGUGAGUACUGCUUAGACCGCACUGUUCUUCGUCUAUUUUUAUGCUUCUUCAGUUUCUUACACUGUUUCAUAACUGUUUAUCACCGAACCGAACCGCAUUAAUGACCAAAUUGUAAUAAUCGCAAGUUUGUUUCUGACCCUCAAAAAUAACAUACGCUGUGCGUACACUGCCAAGAUACCUGAAGAUGUGAAGAGACAAGUUUAGUUUGAAUGCCAAUCGAUGGCAAUCGAUCAGUGAAGUACGCUAUUACUUUUCAGGUGUCUUUUGUGUGAUUAUCGAUUGUUCAUCGGUUGGCUGAUACCAAUCGAUGCCAAUGAACAGAAAUUAAUCGAGUGUUAUCAAGUGUUAUUUUAAUUAUUGCGUUAGUUAGUAAAGCGCCUUGAAGAUAGGAUAAGAGCGCUAUAGAAAUAAGGUUAGUAUAAUUAUUAUUGUUAUUAUUAUUAUUAUUGUUAUUGAUCGAUAGAUUUUCCGAUCAUCGAUUUCAUUGACUGUUCAAGCUAUGCACCCUAUAAUUUACACAUCUCAAGGCAUACUCCCCAGGGAAGAGGUCCAUUUGAAAAGUGGGUGGAUGGAUGUAGCCUGUGUACAAACGCCCUCUUCCCUCACAGGUUAGAGUGGAUGCCAGGUUAGAUUGGAAAAGACCAAUAAGGACGUGGCUCAAUUAUUUGACCCAAAAAAUAUAAUUCAAAAAAAGGGUGAAAAACUGCGAUUGUUUCUUUUUCAAGUUUUCCGUUCUUUUUUUCUUUUUUUUUCGUUCCAAAAUGGCGGCUCAUGAUUCAUGAUGAUUAAGCGUAAGAAUCAAAGAAUGGUCAAUAACUACAUCAAAGUCAUCUUUUUAAUCGAGCUACGAAAUUUAUAAAAGCCCCCCCCUCCCCCCCCCCCCCAACUUUGGGGGGAAUUUCAGGUCGUCGUAAAGAUUUGAUUCAGGAAAGAUAUUCAAGAUUAUAAAUUUUACUCGCGGACCAAUAUCCUUGGCACCAGAGGCUUUUUCUUGCGUCCGGCUGGAUGCUUCGGUGCUUGGUGCGAAACCGGGGAAACCGCGUAUGGAAAUUUUCUCAUGAUUCAUGAUGACUUGCUCAUGAGUUCAUGAUGAUUAAGCGUAAGAAUCAAAGAAUGGUCAGUGACUACAUCAUAGUCAUCUUUUUAUUCGAGAUACGAAAUUUAUAAAAGCCCUUUCGUCGUGUGAAGGCGCCUUCUUAUAGACCCUCCCACAGUUUCUUUUAUUAACUUUUGAUAAAGAGCAGCUAGUGAGCGAAUAUACAACGACACUGCCUAAAGGGUCUUAAAAUAAAGUAACUUAACAUAGAAGUUUAAAGACGAUACGUCCGAAGAGAGUGAACAUAUUUUAAAAUCCACAAAGUCGCGGAAUUUUACAGACCUUUGUAUGGUAGGGAACACGAACUUUAAUUGUCAAGUGUUGGGGGACCUGUUCCGGGUUUUACAGACACCUCUCUAAUAAAAAUGUCCCAGGCUGUAGAGAGACCCUGUUGGGGUAAAAUUCCGACUAAAGACGUAGCCUUAAAACAGCCACAUAAGACUAGUUGAAAUAGCUACAAACGACAGAAAGAUUGGUUAAAUACUGACAAACAUGGCCCACCCCUCAAAACGCCAAACGAUGGUAUUUGAAAUUCAUAGCUGGGACAUACGUCCCCCCUCCCUAACCCCCAAGAGGGAAUCUUUAAUAGUGAGUGUCGACUGAACUGCUUGAGCGCUGUUUGCCUCGAUAGUGCGGGAGCGAAAAUCUGCUUGAAUUGAGCGAAAUAAUAGGCCGGGGUGUGUUAAGGAAAUGGCUAUCCUCGGGUUGAUUACGUCAUAGUGUUCAGGCGAAAGACACGCGCAGUCCGCUCAUCUACGGCAUUUGAAAAGUAGUUUUUCUGAACUUUAAUACUCUAAUUUCACUGAAUGAAAAAACACAUGCGUCAUGCCAAAUUCAAUUCAACUUUGGCACGGCAUGACAGUAAUACGACUUGGCUUUCAAACGUCGUGCACGCAAUUCGUAGAUUAUAAAUACAUCAAUAUAUAUUAUUUUAAAAGGUGGCUAAACAGGUGACUAUCAUAUCACGGUCCGUAAUUUCCUUGUACCCAGUUCUUUUCUAACUUCCUUUCGAACGAAGUGUGAGCUACUCUUGAAAGCGCAUAAAUUCACACAAGGGUAAAUAUAUUACACAUUUGUUAAGUUUCUAAGUCGAGUGCAGCAUGGCACAAGCGGACGCUCCACCUUACCCAACUGAUUUCCUAGAACCAUGGAUGUUUAGCGAUGUGGUUCUUGUUGUUGAAGAUCAGAAAUUCCAUGUUCAUCGAAGUAUCCUUGCAGUUUGGUCGCCCGUGUUUGAAAAGAUGUUCACUUCAGAAUUCAAGGAGAAGAAUAAAGAUGAAAUUCCUCUUCCAGGGAAGAAAGCAAGCGAAAUCAAGCAGUUGCUCUAUAUGCUGUAUCCUUCUUUGGAAGAGAAACAAGUGACCAAGACAAAUUGUUACUUCUUGCUUGAACUUGCUCACGAAUAUCGAAUACAGUCCAUAGUUGAGAAGUGCCAAUCGUUUAUGGUUGUUAUGGUCAAAGAAAAGAUGGAAGAUGAUGUUCUUGCGAUGCUCAUCUAUGGGCAAAAGUACCAGCUCAAAACUCUUAUAUCGGCGUGUAUAGAUGGGGCACGACGUUUAUCGUUGAAGGAAUUGAAACGGCAUAAAGGAAAGAUCGAGCCAGACAACUACCUGUCGAUUGCUGAGGGAAUUAUCCAGCGACUCGAAACACAGUGUGAUGAGGUCAGAGAAGGGAGCCUGAAAUGUCUGGCGCGUGUGUGUCAAAACCUAUACUGGCAUGAUCGAGAGAAAAAUAAUUCACGAGCGCCAAGUACUGAUGUGGUUUUAAACCAUUUGCUAAAAGACGUUGAUAAAAGUAGCGGUGACGUUGUCUGUAACAGUCUUAAAUGUGUCGCCGAAGAAUUAACAGCUCAAAAGAAAAUAUUGGAGACCUUACCUUCAUUUCAGCGGAAAAAUACACUCAAUCUAACUGGCUUGCGAAGACUGAGGCGCUAAAAAAUUUGUCCAAUGUCAGAAUAUAAUAAUUUACUAGUGUAAGUUCGAUCACUUUGUUGGUCCACAGAAUCACAAAUGUUGUCCAUGUGUUGUUGCAUAAGUGUUCUAGGGCUUUCAACUGAACUGAAUUACCUCCGUCCCCCAAUUAAAAUAAUCUUUUUUUCUGAAAUGAAUAAAUAAUUAGCAUAGUUUGAGUCUAAUAAAUUAACUGUACGACAGAAAAUAUUGUAAGCAAUAUUAGACUUAAAAUACUAUUUUAAACUGAUUCUUUAAACGAUACUGUGAUGAAUAAAGGAGAGCAGAAAAAAUUCAACAACAAUUUAUGGACAUGAAAGAAACCACGGCAGAAGGAGUCUAGAAGGUUAUUAACCAAAACUGCAGUUGUGCAUCAUAAUAUUCUCGAAACAUGAAAACUAUCUUUGGGGGGAAUUUCAGGUAGUCGUUAAGAUCUGAUUCAGAAAAGAUAUUCAAGAUUAUAAAUUUUACUCGCGGACCAAUACCCUUGGCACCAGAGGUUUUUUCUUGCGUUCGGCUGGAUGUUUCGGUGCGCGGUGCGAAACCGGGGAAACCGCGAAUGGAAAUUUUCUGGCACCCAGGCAACGGACCAAGGACAACUUAAAAGAGGCUGAAUCGCUCAAAAACAGUGAGUACUGCUUAGACCGCGCUGUUCUUCGUCUAUUUUUAUGCUUCUUCAGUUUCUUACACUGUUUCAAAACUGUUUAUCACCGAAGCGAACCGCAUUGUAAUAAUCUCAUGGUUGCUUCUGACCCUCAAAAAUAAACAUGAUACGCUUUGUGUACACUGCCAAGAUACCUGAAGAUGCGAAGAGACAAGUUUAACGUAAGUUUAGUUUGAAUGCAAAUCGAUGGCGAUCGAUCAGUGAAGAAUGCUACUACUUUUCAGGUCCCAGUUGUUCAAAAGCUGGAUAGCGUUAUCCACCGGAUAAAUCACUAUCCAGUGGAUAAAUAUUAGGGGAGCCAAUUACGCUAUCCAGUGGAUAGAGACUUAUCCGGUGGAUAGCGUUAUCCACCUUCUGAACAAUUGGAGCCAGGUGUCUUUUGUGUGAUUAUAUUAUCGACUGUUCGUCGGUUGACUGAUACUAAUCGAUGCCAAUAAACAGAAAUUAAUCGAGUGUUAUCGAUUGAUCGAUAGAUUUUCCGACCAUCCAUUUCAUUGACUGUUCAAGCUAAGCAGCCUUAAAUUUAGACAUCUCAAGGCAUACUCCCCAGGGAAGAAGUCCAUUUGAAAAGUGGGUGGAUGGAUGUAGUCUGUGUACAAACGCCCUCUCCCCUCACAGGUCCUCACAGGUUAGAAUGGAUGUCAGGUUGGAUUCGAAAAGACCAACAAGGACGUGGCUCAAUUAUUUGACCCAAAAAAUAUCAUUCUAAAACAGUCAGCAAAACUGCAAUUGUUUCUUUUUCAAUAUAUUUUCUUCUUUUUUUCUUUGUUUUUUUUUUCGUUCCAAAAUGGCGGCUCAUGAGUCAUGAUGAUUAAGCGUAAGAAUCAAAGAAUGGUCAGUAACUACAUCAAAGUCAUCUUUUUAAUCGUGAUACCAAAUUUAUAAAAGCCCUUUCGUUGUGUGAAGGAGCCUUCUAAUAGACCCUCCUAGAGUUUCUAUUAUCAACUUUUGAUGAAGAGCAGCUAGUGAGCGAAUACUGUAUAUAACGACACUGCUGAAAGCGCCUUAAAAUAAAGUAACUUAACAUAGAAGUUUAAAGACGAUACGUCCGAAGAGAGUGAACAUAUUUUAAAAUCCACAAAGUCGCGGAAUUUUACAGACCUUUGUAUGGUAGGGAACACGAACUUUAAUUGUCAAGUGUUGGGGGACCUGUUCCGGGUUUUACAGACACCUCUCUAAUAAAAAUGUCCGAGACUGUAGUGAGACCCUGUUGGGGUAAAAUUCCGACUAAAGACGUAGCCUUAAAACAGCGACAUAAGACUAGUUGAAAUGGCUACAAACGACCUAAAGAUUGGUUAAAUACUGACAAACAUGGCCCACCCCUCAAAACGCCAAACGAUGGUAUUUGAAAUUCAUAGCUGGGACAUACGUCCCCCCUCCCUAACCCCCAAGAGGGAAUCUUUAAUAGUGAGUGUCGACUGAACUGCUUGAGCGCUGUUUGCCUCGAUAGUGCGGGAGCGAAAAUCUGCUUGAAUUGAGCGAAAUAAUAGGCCGGGGUGUGUUAAGGAAAUGGCUAUCCUCGGGUUGAUUACGUCAUAGUGUUCAGGCGAAAGACAUGCGCAGUCCGCUCAUCUACGGCAGGUGAAAAGUAGGUUUUUCUGAACUUUAGUACUCUUAUUUCACUGAAUGAAAAAACACAUGCGUCAUGCCAAAUUCAAUUCAACUUUGGCACGGCAUGACAGUAAUACGACUUGGCUUUCAAACGUCGUGCACGCAAUUCGUAGAUUAUAAAUACAUCAAUAUAUAUUAUUUUAAAAGGUGGCUAAACAGGUGACUAUCAUAUCACGGUCCAUAAUUUCCUUGUACCCAGUUCCUUUCUAACUUCCUUUCGAACGAAGUGUGAGCUACACUUGAAAGCGCAUAAAUUCACACAAGGGAAAAUAUAUUACACAUUUGUUAAGUUUCUAAGUCGAGUGCAGCAUGGCACAAGCGGACGCUCCCGCUUACCCAACUGA